AUGAGAGUCAAGCCAUUGCAAAUCCACUGGCACGACAAACAACCUAUAUACUCGGCACAUUUUGAGCCAGGCCCUAAAGGACGUCUGGCAACAGCAGGAGGCGACGGCAACGUCCGACUCUGGAAGGUCGUCAAAGACAAGGAAAAGGACAGCACACAUAUCGAGUUCUUGUCAAGUUUGAACCGACAUACAGCAGCCGUCAACGUUGUCCGGUUCUCGCCUACAGUCGAGUGUCUUGCAUCGGCAGGAGAUGAUGGAAACAUUAUCCUGUGGCGUCCAACGGAAAACAAGGAAGUAGUCAGCAGAUUUGCGGAAUCGGACGACGAGGAGUUUGAACGGGAGACAUGGCGAGUUCAGUCAAUGAUGAGAGGCUCGCUCUCGGACAUCUACGACAUUGCUUGGUCGCCUGACGGACGGUUCAUUAUCUCGGGAUCAAUUGAUAACACUGCUCGGAUAUGGGAUGUGAAAGAUGCCAAGUGCAUCCACGUCAUCGCGGACCACCGUCAUUACGUUCAGGGUGUUGCCUGGGACCCGCUCGGAGACUUUGUUGCCACUCAGAGCAGCGAUCGGUCGGUUCAUAUCUACGGAUUCAAGAUCGACAAGAACGGACAUGUCGUCGUCAACAACUUGGGCAAAUCGACCAAGCUGGACCUUUCCAAGCUGCGAUCUCUCCCACAUCCUACCGUGCCCUCGGCAACCGCUUCAACAUCAACCUCAACUAGCGCGCAGACCAAACCAGCAGGAGACACGGAUAUGGCUGUGGAUUCUUCAACGGAAAAGGAAGAUGCCUCAAAACCAGCCACCAGAACACCCAAAACCUUCCGUCUCUACCACGACGAAACUCUGACUUCGUUCUUCAGACGCCUUUCAUUCACACCCGACGGAUCGAUGCUUAUCACACCUGCAGGACAGUACAGGGCGCCAAUCCAAAGGUUAGGAACUCAGAAGGAUGACGAAUCGGGCACAGCAGCACCAGCGCCACAGGCAUCGGAGCUCGAGAUGAGAAAUACGGCAUAUAUCUAUGCCCGGAGAGACUUUGGAAGAGGUCCUGUUGCACAUCUCCCUGGCCACAAGAAGCCCUCAGUCGCCAUCAAGUGCAGUCCCGUGCUCUACGAGCUCCGUCCAAUUCAGCCUGCAGGACCAAAUAGCAGUUACCACCGACCAGCCACAACAGCGCCAUCGUCCGCAACAACCACUACUACCACCACCGCCACAACAGCAACAACAACACAGGAGAAAGCAGAGACACCCAGGGCACCAUCAGUGUUUGGCUUGGGCUACCGUUCCAUCUAUGCGGUGGCAACUCAGGACUCAAUCUUGAUAUAUGAUACCCAACAAUCGGCAGCACUCGCCCUCGUCUCUCACCUCCACUAUGCAACAUUCACGGACAUGGCGUGGUCAAGCGACGGAUGCAACCUGAUUCUGACUUCUUCCGAUGGAUUUUGUUCGAUUAUUUCGUUCGAAGAAGGCGAGCUCGGAACGGUGUACACGCCACCCAAGUCUAUGAUGGCCCUGCUUCCUACUCCCGACAGCACAUCGAUAUCUCUCAGCGAAUCAUUGGAUGCAGCGGCCAACAUUGCUGCAACAGCUGGUAUGCUUCAGAAGCUGAACGGGCUGUCGUUGACGGAGAAGAAGGAGCAAAAGGCGAGCGAGAAGAAGGAGCCCAAGGAACCCAAGGCAAAGGCGAAGCAGGAGAAGGGUGAGUCCGCGGUCGCGGCAAAGAAGGGCGAGUCAGCAGGCGCAACAAAGAAGACUGCAUCCAAGAAACAGCCUGGAAAGACUCAAUCAACACUGUCGACCCCAGCACCGUCCGGAAUCACAGCAGCGGCAGUCAAGGCAUCAUCGACAACGACGACCGCAACGCAGUCUCCGGCGUCGAGUUCCCCAGCAGAGUCACCCAAGAUGACGUUCAAGACAGAGCGCGAUGGAGAUUCGGUCAUGAGUAUUGCAAGCGAACAGCCUACACCCAAGAAGCGGAGGAUCCAGCCAACGUUUGUCAGUGCACUUCCAGGAAUGACGAUUCCAACACCCGUUGCCGCUGCUCCUGUUAUCCCUUCGCCUGCACCUUCACCUUCACCCCUGACAGUGAGGCCUCUGACAUCUAUGGACUUUGCACAACCGUCUUCACCCUCCACAUCUUCGGCCGCGGCUGUCAAGCCCAAGAAGAGGAUAGCCCCCACAUUCGUCAGUGCCUUGCCCGGUCACUGA